AUGGCAUCUCUUUUCCGGCUACCUCCUGAGAUGAUUUCGGAUGACGACCUUGCUAGAGGGUUCUCGUUUGAUGCCCGACAAGCGAAUAAGCAGGGCCAGUUUUCUGGCCUAGUCCCCAAAAACAUCGUGCUAGGCUUGCAGUCAGCCGACCAAACAGCCUCGGCACCGCCAGCGAUAUCUCCUAAACAUCGAUUUGGCAUACCGUUCCCCGUGGUAGAGUUCACUUCUAACUUUCAAAGAGAAGCGGCAAAAACUCAUUACCCCUCCCCUCGCGUCAAUGAUCAAGCCCAAGGCAGUGCAAACGGAAACCUGAGUAUUUCUUCACACCUUGCUCACGAGAGCAAUCAAGACGAUUCAGUGCCGGUAGAUGUGGUCCAACCCACGAAACUUUCGAGUGAUGCGCCCCAGCAGUCUGUUGCAACUGACAACGAGAGCUGCAGCCCGUCCUCUCGAAGAUGCGAUGAUCAAGAUCUUGACCCGUCACCAAUGGACAGGCAAGGCAGACCCCUUCCCAGUCUUAAAACUUCAUCCAAUACGAGCGAGACUAUUGUGAGGAGCCAAGUCAAGCCUCAAAAAAGAAAAUAUAUCCAAAGAGAUGAUGCCAACUCUCGAACGCCGCCGAUCUGCGGAGAUCUAGAAGGAUUCGAUAUUUACGAGGCCUCAAAUGCAACCCGAACACCCCCAAGCCAGGUCAAAGGGAUUCGUGGAAGUCAAUCUCGGACUCACUCGGUCGACAUCGAGAGCUCGAUCACCCGCCGCACCCACUCAAGGGCUAGCAAUAUGUCGCGCAAAAGAUCGCGCGGCCUUACAGAUCACCAAACUCACGAACCAGAUCGAAAGCGUCUUGCCAUGACCGAGGCAGUCAAACAUUGGAACGAGUGCAUACAACUUACAACUGAAGAAUCCGACCGAGCCAGGUCUACUAUACACAGCCUGAAGAAGAAGCUGCAGUCCCAGGCGAACAAACUUCAAGUUGCACAAAAUGCUUUGCAGCAGGGCGACACUAGCCUUCGAACUCUGAAAAAGCAAUACGAAGACUUAAAAGAAAAAGAUGUUCGAGCCUCAGAGGACAAGAGGGACCUUGAGGCUAAAUUCAUUGAGCUAAAUGUCGAUUACGGAAAACUUCAAAACCAGAUCAGGGAAAUGUCCACUAAAUACAACAACUGCGAAGACAAAUUGAACAUGGCCAUUUCUGAACAGCGCGAUCUCUUCAACAAGUCAAAAGACUUUUAUAACGGCUUAAAUAAUAAGAUGAAACAGGAUGAGGCACAAGGAAAGGCCGACGCAGAGGCUGUAGAGCAGGCGCUACAGAGCAGUAAGCAGAAGCGCGAAGAACUUAAAAACUUUGUCGAUAAAAUCAAACAAGUUUAUGAGCGCGAAAAGCUGGAGUGUAUGAUCAAAUCUCUCGAGGAAGAAAAUGAAGCUCAGUGCGACCAUAUCGGUGAACUCGAAGAAGACAAGUUGAGAUAUCAUAACGAAAUUGUUUCUUAUGGCUCUACGAAAGCAUGCAUCGAGAACGUCAGCUCUCAAUUAUCUGGCUUCGCCACCCAGCUUCGAGCUCUAGAUGCAUCUCAGGACACCACAGCCAUUGAGCUGAGAAGUGUAACGACAAGAGUCGACGAUCUACCAGGCAGCCGUGACUUUUCCGACUUGAAGCAGCAGGUCUUAGGCUCACAUGCCAGACUCAGCGACUUGGAAGCGCUCAUACAGAAAAGUCUGUUACCGGUAAUUGAAGGCAUCGCUUCGAAACAGUCCGAAUCUCAAAUAUCCGUGAAUUCGCUGGCAAUGGCAGUCGAACGCGGAUUCACAAAGCUCCAAGAGCAUAUUCAGAAUUGUGCAGUCAAUCUGAGUAAAACGAUCAGAAACAGUAACGACUCCCAUGCAGAGCUUGUAGACUUGCUCACAUUGAUAUCCGCCGGUAAUGGAGAUGUGUCAAGCAGGGUGGAGGCAGUGAGCAGCCGCUUGGAGAGCCUUGUCGAGCAGACUUCACCUCAAGGCAUUAUCGGUACAAGUAUUGCAAACAUACUUGCUUCGACGCAAGGCUUAGCCGAGAAUAGUGACAAGAUCAGUUUUGCUCAGGAAAAGGCCCAAGAGGAGGCGCAGCGACUACACGAAGCACUUACAGGGCAAAUGGAUGCAAAGUUUCUCCAUCACGAGGCCGUCUCGCAGAAGCUGUUGAAUGGCUUAAAGGAAAGUUUCAACAUUAGUUUAGCUAGGCUGAAAACAAAUAUCGCGCCAGAGAGUGGACAACGAGCCAAUGGGGGCAAAUCCGCCCAUAUUAACGGUAAAAUGCUGAAAGAUAUCGAAACGAUGCGAUCAAAUCUACAGCAGGUCGAAUCGCAGCUCUCUAAGAUCGACGAUGUGCCCUUGUCACUUCAGAAGAUCUACGACUUGAGCGUUUUGAUACAAAAGACGUCCAAAUACAUGGACAAAGAGGAACAGUGGGUUCAGCAAACCAUGGCCGAUCGGCAAAUGCACUCGGAUGGCUCCGGUACGACAGACUGCCGGAUAUCAAGCAGCCAGUCAUCUACGCCCCCGAGCACCGAAUCCGGCAUCGGCUGUCGAGAAACCCCAAGCGACGAAGCAUGUGAGAGCCAAACUCGGAAAGUUGUUGUGCAUAGCCCGAGGCCUGAAGGCUAUUCGCCGCUCCCAGUUACCACGGCUCAAGAGCAGCGGCGCAGAAGAGAGUCGGCAAGGCCAAGAUCAAUCUUGAAACAGUCCCAGCACAACCAUUUUGCGGUCAAAGGCCUAGCUACUUCCGCUCGCAGCAGCUUCCACACAUCAGAAGAGGUAAUUGCAGAUAUUCGAUCAGUUUUAGUGCAGUCUCCCCCGUCAGGGUUCCCGUCAUCACAUCGAAGCACUGGACUAACGCCAAUCACGGAGUACCUGAGGUUGAACAAAGCUACUAAUAAAAGUAUGGGAGUUGUGCUUGGAGACUUGGCAGACGCAGAAUUGGCUUCAGGUCAUACCGUCACAGCCGCAGAUAUAACAGCGACAAUCUGA